AUGCACCUUCAAAAUGGCCUUGAAAUACUCCCUGGGGCUGUUGACGGACAUGGCAAACAACGCCCCACGGUACCCGACAACAUCACACAGGUCCUGAACCGACUCGACGUACAGGCCAUAUCAUUUGCUGACUGUGAGGCACCCUAUCCAUAUCAUCUGGGCCAGCAUUUGAGCAUUCCAACGUCCUCGCCGUCGUUUGCUUACAUCGGAGAUGCAACGGAUCAUCCCAUCGAAACAUUGGAUUUUCUGGCUCGCUGCAUUAUCGGAACCGAAUCCAAUUCCACAUUACAGCUCAAUGCCACAAGUACAGUCUUACAGCAGUGGGAAAAUGAGUUUGAUCGUCUGGUCGCUUUUUUUACUAGAGGACGAUAA